UUCCAUAAUUGUAUAGCAAUAGCCGUUAAAAAGAUGUGAUCUUUGGAGUAUAAAUAGGUGUAGCAAGAAACCAAAAUCUAAGGUUGGAUUUUUUGGAGAGAUAAAAUCUGAAAGGAGAGAUUUGAUAUUGGAUGGGAUGAAUUCAAGCCGGUGUGCAGCGUGCAAGCAUUUGAGGAGGAGAUGCCCCUCCGACUGCAUUUUCGCUCCAUAUUUUCCAUCCAACAAUCCACGUCGUUUUGCUUAUGUUCACAAGAUUUAUGGCGCCAGCAACGUUGGCAAAAUACUUCAGGAUCUUCCGGUGAGCUGUCGGGCGCAAGCAGCUGACACGUUGUGCUACGAGGCGUACUGCAGGAUCAAAGAUCCCGUCUACGGGUGUGCCGGGAUGGUCAGUGUGUUGCACCAGCAGUUGAACGUUGCCGAGUGCCAACUAGCUACGGUUAAGGCGGAGGUCGCUGCUAUCAGGAAUGACUCCGCUGCCUUAACUGUCCCCACUUGGUUCGACUAGAACUCACUUGUGUUUUGAUGCUUUUGGUUUUGUUCAUAAAAUAAUGAAUACCACUGCAACUUUGAUCAAUUU